AAAAAAUUGCUAGAAACCAAGAAUAUUAUGAAGAAAGAGAGUGAAUGAGCAAAAUAUAAAAGCUUUUAACUUAUAAGUUAGUGUUUGUUUAAAGUUAUCCGACGUCUCCAAUUUAUCUCGAAUUAGUGAACCAGAAAAAAAAAAACCAAAAUUGUUUAUACAGCAAGCCUCGUUGAUGUUUGAUUUUGACGGGAGGGUUUGAUCAUCUGAAAGUGUGAGUGACUACGCCGGUGCGGCAUGACGGUCGCGGCGGGGAUCGGUUACGCGCUGGUGGCUCUGGGACCGUCUCUUUCACUUUUCGUCUCCGUCAUCUCCAGAAAGCCCUUUCUCAUCCUCACUCUUCUCUCCAGUACGUUGGUGUGGCUUGUGAGUCUGAUCAUCUUGUCGGGAUUGUGGAGGCCUUUUCUUCCUCUCAAAGCCAAUGUGUGGUGGCCCUAUGCUUUACUUGUUCUCUCCUCCGUUUGUUUCCAGGAAGGUUUUCGCUUUCUUUUCUGGAAGGUCUACAAGAGGCUUGAGGAUGUCUUGGAUUCCUUUGCGGAUCGGAUCUCAAGGCCCCGCCUGUUUCUCUCUGAUAAGCUGCAGAUUGCUCUAGCUGGUGGCUUAGGUCAUGGUGUGGCUCAUGCCGUCUUCUUUUGUUUGAGCGUCUUAACGCCGGCAUUUGGUCCAGCCACAUUCUAUGUCGAAAGAUGUUCCAAGACUAGUAGUAGUCAUGUUAUGUCUUUACAACCAUGUGUUACAGCAAUCAUUGCUCUUGCAUUUGUCACGAUCCACACAUUCUCGAUGGUCAUUGCUUUCGAAGGGUAUGCAAAAGGGAACAAAGUAGAUCAAGUCAUAGUUCCAGUCAUACACCUAGCUGCUGGGAUGUUGACAUUGGUGAAUUUUGCAUCGGAAGGUUGUUUGAUCGGCGUUCCUCUUCUUUACCUGGUGGCAUCUUUGACUCUCGUGCAUUGUGGAAAAAUGGUUUGGCAAAGAUUGAUAGAAAGCCGGAACCAAAGCGUCCCUUUACAGUAAUCUGGCCUUUUGGGUUCAGCCUUUAGGUUUUCUCUUGUCUCCUAUAAAACCUUCCUUUGAUCUCCUGACUUUUUUUUUUUUUUUUUUUUGGGCUUGCAAAUACAAUUCGGCUUUAUCCCCUAAUCAUGUUCUUUUUCCUUUCACUCAACUGUGAUGAUCCCUUAGUUAUCAAGAAAAACUUGUUAACAGAGUUUUAUUUAUUCACUAUGGUACUACAACUUUGCCUUAAACUCC